AUGUGUUUUUAUUUUGUCAGUGUGUGCAGACUUUGGAGGAACUGUGCCCGCAGGGUGCUCCGGACUCAGCAGCAGCUGACCUGGGUGUCGAGCUGUGGACCCUCGGCCACAGAGGUUCAUUCUCUCUGCAGCAUCCUGGCUGAAGAAGUGGAGAAAGUGUUCCUCCUGCCUAAAACAGUUCUGAUGAUGGUCGACUGUGAGACCUUCAAUGGACAAGCCUAUUGCUAUUCACAGAACAAAGCAAAAAAGAGCCGUCAGAGUUCACAUUCAGUGGAGGAGCUGAAGCAACUUUUCCCAAAAGGCUGUGACCUGAUUGGCAUCACAACACCAGGCAUCGUCUUAACUCCGACUGGCGCUUGGUCCAACCCACCUCAGGAGCACCAGGAGGGGGAGGCAGGCUUUGCACUCAUGUUGCCCAGCAUUGAGGGGGUUAAUAUCAAACCUUUUCACUUCUGUAAAAAGACCAUCUCCAUGACCGCCCUGAGAGAGGCAGGCUUAGUUGACAACUCCGAGCUGCGUGUAGUGCUGAUAUUUGUCUAUGAAGCAUACAGAUCUGGAGGAGCACGGUUCCUCAACCAGAUUCUUGAGCCGUUGUCAAAGAGUAAGGCUCUGAUUGCAGGAGGGUUGGUGGAAAGUGCCUUCUUUCCUCCCAGACCCUGCUGUAACCAGGGAGCGUACGGUGCGAUGGGCCUGGCCCUGAGUGGCCCUAAAGUGCAGGGAGCCUCCGUGCUUUUGGACCGAGAUGUAAGCAACUCGAAGGCGGCAGAAGACACAGUCCGACGGCUGAAAGCUGCCAAAAUUCCAGAGAAAAACACUCUGGGCUUCAUGUUUGCCUGCGUGGGCAGAGGCCAGAACUACUACGACAACCAGAGCAACGUGGAGGCGGACGCCUUUCGCAAGGUGUUCCCCAACACUCCGCUCUUCGGCCUGUUCGGCAACGGCGAACUCGGCUGCGACCGGAUCGUUAAAGACGACUACACGCUGUGCGACGACGACUCCGACAGCCUGCAGCACGAGUACACCACCGUCAUGUCCCUGGUCCAUUUUGGCUGACUGCACCGCAGUAACGGUGUAAACUUCAAGUUUGGGAACAACAAACGUUACGGACAGCGCGGUGCUCGGAACAUUGUCUUCAUUUACGCUCGCGAA